AUGCCAUUGGAAGAGAUACUGUUGUACGCGGCGGGGGCCGUUUUCGGCCUGUGCUGCCUCUUCGUCUACAACAGCUUCUUAUCCUCCCCCUCCUACAUGGAGCACUACUUUCAGUUUGCUGCGGUCAAGUACACGGAUGAUGUGAGAACCCUACCACAGGCAAUGAACAAGCCCUUCUGGAGUAAGAUCUCGACCUGGAUGACAGUGCUGAUGAUUUUGCCGAUGUUUCUCCUGCAGUUUGUCGUACUGACACCGUGGGUACUGCGGCAGAAGGUGCAGUACCGCAUCAUCACAAGUGCCGUCUUCUCGCUGGUUGCGGCGCUGCUCCUUCCCGUAUGCGCGGCUGUUGGUGGUGUCAGCGAGCGCUCUUCCAUGGCUGUGCUGAUCAUUUCCUGCAUUGUGACUGGCGGUGCGACAACCGUCCUGGAGUCUGCUUUAUUUGCUUUAUUUGGAUCUCUGCCUACAAAGUACAUAACGGCGCUCGUGAUGGGGGGUGGAUUCUCAGGCAGCGUCAGCUCUGUGCUGCGCAUUAUCAUCACGGUUGCCUUGCCGUCGACUUUUUCGGGAGUGAAGACGGGUGCCGUCAUCUUCUUUUCGAUUGGCAUAGCACUCAUGGUGAUGGUCAUAGCAAUCACCGUGCUUCUGCGUUUCAGUCCUCUGGUCCGCACCUAUUGCAAGGACUACCGCCGCUCCUGUCACGGUGCCUUCUGUGUGCAAGGCGAGGGGGAGAAGAGUCAGCCACCACAGGAAUGUGUUUGCGCUACGGCUCCCCGUUUGGAUUCGACGCCGACGCAGGAGAGGAUGGCGGAGAAUGGCGCGGAGAAGAUGGGGAUCGCUAUGGGGGCGGCGCAGAAUCUGGAUGACGGUGAGCCCCAGGCCUACACUACCGGUAAGUGUGAGAACGCCGCCGGGAGUCCGCUUUCUUGGCAAGACAACGAUGCUAGCGUGGUGGAGGCGGAGGCGAGCGUUUUCGCUGUGGUGCGGAAGAUCUGGCUAAUGCUGGUCUGCCUGGCAGCGAGCAUGUUCACGACCCUGGUGCUGUUCCCCGGCAUCGGCCUCAGUGCUAUGUACAAGGAAAGCAACGCCACAGGCGGUUUAACCCCGGCUAAAGACACGGCGUGGAGCAAGGAGGCGAUCAUGCCAAUGGUCGUCAUCCUAAUGUUCAACGUUGGUGAUACCAUUGGCCGCCUGAUUGUCAACUUUAAAAAGCUGUGGUGCCCGCAGCGCUUCGUGCCUGUUUUGGUGGUGGUGCGUGCCAUCGUGUGCGUCAUUCCGCUUGCGCUGGGCAUCUGCACACCCAGGGUGAUCAACUCGAACGCCAACCCCAUUGUGGUCUUCUUGCUACUUGGCAGCACGAACGGCUAUUUACUUGGCCUGGCGAUAGCGUACGGAAGCGGCGACCCGCGCUUGACAACUAAGGAACGCGAAAUUGCUGGGCCAUGCAUAUGCUUUGCAAUUCUCGGGGGCAUCACAUUCGGCUCCGUGGUGAGCCUUCUCAUUCUCACGUUGGCCCUCUAG